AGUUACAGCCGGUCAGAGCAAGAAUUGUGGAAGGGGGUGUGUUGAAAAUUGGCAAAGGUCUCAUACUUUCUGCGCUCAGCAGUGCAGCUGAACCUCCCACGGAAGUUUUGCUGAACCAUUAAACGAAAAUGCUGCCCAAGACUCGCCUAGGGAAGCGCUCUCCAUUGGGAGCCUUGGUGUGUGGUCCCUGUUCUUCAGUGGAGGGUCUGCCUGAGACAGGCCCAAAUGGGGAUACUAUGGGUGAACCAGUGGCUCUUGCAGUUGGAACAGCCCACCAAGGCCUUCACAGAGUCAAACUAUACCCCGGACAGAAGGUGUAUGUGCACUGUGGUGGGCAAGAGUGUGCAGGUGUGGUGGAGCAGCAUAACCACGUGGACAAUGAGGUGUCCAUCCUCUUGCCCCAGCUCAAUCAGCACAUUGUUCGCAAACUGGAGGACGUGUGGACUAUCCCCACCGCCCCUCCGCCCGCAGCCAACCCACCCCACUCUGUCUCCACCUCUAUCGACGUGCCAAGGAGGAGCAAAGAGACAGUGGACAUGGAUGAGAUUAUGGCUGCCAUGGUCCUGACCACUCUGUCCUGCAGCCCAGUGAUCCAAAGCCCCACUCAGAGAGAACAAGUAUCAGCUUUGUCUGGAAUGGAGAGUGUUGCGGGGGAGCUGUCAGACAGCAGCAGCAGUGGUUACUGGAGUUGGGACCAUGGCAAUGGGAGCCCCGCCCCAUCACCGCCGAUGGCAGAGACUGACAGAAGCCAAGUUCCGCCCAUUGAUGAAGGCUUAGACAUGGAACUGGACCAAGUGCUGUUCGAUGAACCAGCACCAAGGAAACGCAAGAACUCAAUGAAAGUGGCAUACAGGUGCCUUUGGCCAAACUGCGGAAAGGUGCUGACGUCAGUGGUGGGGAUCAAACGUCACGUUCGUACUCAGCACCUCGGUCACAGCGCUGAGCUGGAAAGGUCACAGAGAGAGGAGGAUUUCUACUACACUGAAAUCUACCAAGACCCAGACCAGACUCCCCCUGCUACAGCUGCGCCCUGGCCCUCCUGUGCUUCUCCGGUCGGCUCCAGGCAGAGAACCCCCUCUCCCCCAACUCCAGAAACCAUGCAGCCCAGCCCUCUCAGCCAUUCAGCACCGGGGAGCUUCUGGCAGGUGCAGACAGAACACUCUUAUCAGGCACCUCCUCCUGUGCAGACUGUAACUCAAUGUAAACCUGCGCCUGCUUCCUGUCGCUGGACGCCCUCGCUCAGCGUCCACCACAGCAAACAGGCUGCACCUUUUCGUAGCCGUUCUGUCAGUGUUGGGGAACAGUGGCUCCAGAGUCAUAGCGCCCCCCACAGGUCACAUCCUGCCAGUGUGUCUCCUCCACGAAGUCACUGCGCCUCCAGGAAAAUUCGUGGAGAGGCCAAAAAGUGCAGGAAAGUCUACGGCAUCGAGCAUCGGGAUCAGUGGUGCACUGCCUGUCGCUGGAAAAAAGCCUGCCAGAGAUUUCUGGACUGAACUUCCACUCAGUCAACAAAGAAGCAAACAAAGACUUAUCGGUAGUCUUGAUUUAGGAUUAGUCACCUCUUUAAAAGACUGAAACGUAGCUUUGGACAACCAGAUAAAUGUCUUUU